GUUGUCUAACGCCAUGUUGUGCACAUCCCUCCACGAACACCUGGAAGACAUAAACAUGAUCCUUCACUCACAUCUUGUCAGAGCAACUAAACAUUUGUGAACGCAUCUUGCUCAUCUGCAGCCAUUUUCCUGCCAAGGUGGUCAUACACCUGCAGUCACCAGCAUUCUCUAUAGUCUACAGUGGUCCCAUUAAAAACAGACUUCUGGAAGGAGGGAGGGCUUUAUAGCUGUAAGCUACUCAGCAAGAAAGAGGUUUUGUCCAGCCUUGAGAUGUGCAAUUCUGCUGAGAUAUUCCCUCAUCAAAAGAAGGAAAAGGAAGAAAAAAUGGGAAUUUUCUUGAAAAACAGAAAAAUCUGUUUUUUGUUGUUGUUGUUGGUUGGUUGGUUUUACCGUGGUCUAAUGAAUAAACUGUACUCUUAUCAGAGGCAUCAUCUGGAUGUGACACUGCUCGGCAGGGAGAUUGGACUAGAUGACUUGCAGAGGCCCCUUCCCACCUCAACCAGUCUGUGAUUCUGUGAUCUGCCAGAACUGGCUUGCAAUCUUUUUGCAGCUGUGGUGAAUUUCUUCCACUCUGCUCCCCCCAAAAAAAUGAUUAUGGAUGGAAUUAUUAAGAACAUUCUCUCUCUAAAGAAGAAAAGCCACUUGCAUCACUCCAGGCUGAGAAGACUUCAGCAGAGACCAACUCACUGUGAAGAGCAAAAUUCAGAAAAUUUGGGUGAAAUCACUCUGUUGUCAAAACUUCACUAUGAUCUCACUAACAAGCUGGAUAUCAGUCCCAACAACAUUUCUUCUUCUCUUACAUUCUUGGAGAGCAAAGGUCUAUGCUUCUGAAAACUCAGAGGAUGAAAUAGAUUUCACAUAUCUUAUUAUAGGAGUUACUCUGGGAGCCUUUCUAGCAAUUGGUUUUAUAGCAGUCAUAAUUUGCAUGAUCAAAAAACAAAUGCUUGACAAUGUCUUUGGAGAGUCAGAUGGCAAAAUGGAUAGAAGGUCAAAUAUGGGAUCCAGUCAGAACAGAGAUGACAUCAAUGUACUAGGAAAACCAAGUACAAAUAAUCAAUAAUCCUUUUGCAAUUGACAACUACAUGGUCUGAGGCUUAACAGAAGUCUCUUGUGGAUGAGCAGGAAUCUCACCAAUAACAAUUCCUUUCUUUGCUCUUUAAUUGAAAGACUGAAUGAUUGAUUGAUUGAUUACAGGAAGAGCUUGUAAUGCAUGCUAACUUCCACCACCUGUACCAAAAUGCCUGCAGUCCCUAACAGCAUGCACACAUGAAGGAAACAUUUGAGGAAAAUAAAAAAGAUGAACUCUGCUCAUUAAUAGAUCUUGUUUAGUUGGUGAUAAAUGCAUGAUUUAUUUCCAAAAUCAAUUAAAUACAGGGUAUUCAAAAAGCUAGCAAUACAUUUCAGCAGCAGAAUUCAUAGUCACACUCAUAUUUCAGGUUAGGCAAAUAAUGGUUGAAGUAACUUAAAAAUUAUUCAUUUGAGUUUGAAGCCAACAAGGCUUCUCAAGGUUUUUCAGGAAAAGUAUGUUUUGUAUUAAUGUGAAAACAUUUAAUUCACUAAAGGUAAAUCUUGUUUAGCUUUAGGAUCAAUACCUUUUCUUUAGCUUUAGGUGGUAAUGUUAAUUUCAGCCAUUUUAAAUGAAUUGUGGUCAGUUAUGAACUAAUGUUUUCUAUGUUUAUUUUUAGAACACUGAAAUAAAAACAGUUGUAUACCCCAAACAAAAGUUUCUGGACACCUGAAAUGAAAUAUUUUGUUUCAGCUUCCUACAAACAAGCUAAUCUGCUGUUUCCAAAAUCCACCCAACCCUAUUUUUUCAGUGUAAAACAAUGCACUAAGUUCAAUCAGUCUGUGAAUAAUUUUAGUCUCCUAUCCCUCCAUUCUUGUUCUAGCCUUGUAUAUGCUGUUGAAUUUGUAGUCAUCAAAAAUGUUUGCCUAAUUCUAGGUAUAAGCUUCUUACAGUGCAAGUGACAAGAAGAGCUUUGUCUCAGAACAUUUUUAAACAAAUUAAAUAAUUAUAAUUGUUUAAACCCAAAUUAUUUUGUAAAAACAUCCCAAAUUUUGCAAAAGCUGUGAGCCUAUGGUCGCAGUUAAGAAAAUAAUGCUCUGGAUUCUAUUCUGCUUGUUUUAAAGCAAGAAUAUUGUCAUCACAGGGUGCAAGAAAAGCAGGCAGAUAUUUGUAUUUCGAACCAGGCUUUACUUUCAGCUUGUAAAGACAGGCAGCAAAUGUCAGCUGUGGGGGCUCUGCGAACACUUGGCUGGCAGCGACUCUGUGCUGGGCAUCCUCUCCUCUCAGGAAACCCAGCAGGAAUCAAAGGCUUGGGAGACUCAGGUAGAUGGCACAUGUGACAUUAAAUAAUGUGAUGGGAUUUCACUGGCAUAGCUGUUACAUCACAGCAUUACAGGAUGACUCCAAACAGGAUGUUACUUGAUUUUAUUGCAGCUUACAAAUAAUUACUAACCAGACCACAAAAUAAAUAAAGUGGAUAUGGCAAAACUUUUAUCCAAGGCCUAAGUCUGUAGACAUAUGGAUUUGUUAAACUCUCAUCUAACAUCCAUUCCUGAAGCCAGUCUCUGCUAGCUUUUAAGCCAGUUAAACUUUUAAGCCAGUUUCUGCUCUCAGUCAUGCCAGUCUCUGAUCAGAAUAAAUGAAAUUCUUUCCAGUUUUUCAGUACUGUAAUACAGCAGAAGCUAUUCAACUUGAAAAAAAAAAGAAAGAAAAAGAAAAAAGAAAAAGUUUUAAAAAAGCAAGAAAUAGAAAAAGUAAAAAAAAAUAAAAAUAAAAGAAAAAGAAAAAGUGAAGAGAAAAAGAGAAAGAAAAAGAAAGGCAAAUAUUAGACUUGAAUCCUGAGUCCAACCUGGAAAGUCUGUGUCUUAUUAACAAAUGUGACUUGAAAGAUUCCUGGAUACCAGUGUCCCCUUUCCAUUAAUCAACUUUCAGACUGAGAGCAGCUACAAUUAGCCCCACAUUUUGAAGUUAGAUCUGAUGCCCUGAGUCAGAGGCUGAGUCACACCGUCAGAGCAGAAAUAACAGAAUUAUAUUUUUAUGAAGAAUAAGCUACUGUGCUAAAUUCUAACUGUAACUGAAAGGACUUGAAUAUAAUUUUGUUCUGACCUUAGCAAACCAGGUAAUUUCCCAAAUGUGCAAAGGAAACCUUGUUAUUUAUUUGGAUUGUAAUUUUUCUGCACAUUUUGAACAACAAAAUGUAAGGCUUAUUUCAGAGAAAAGUGAUAUAUUGGAAUAAUUUCCCUGGAUUCCCUAGGUGUCUGUUACCCAGUUCUGUAACACUCCAGUUCAUUAGCCGCAUUUGCAAACAGAUAAACUAAAGCAGUAAUGUGAUACUUGCAAGUAAUUGUGUAUAUGUACAUGUGUAAGUGAAUAAACCAUCUUGUAAGGUA